GAGUAAUUUUUUGUAGUCGUCAAGAUGGAAAAAAAUUUAAAAAUUACAAAUUUCAAUCAAUUUGAAACAUUAGUGAAGUAUAUGGAAGACAAUCCGAGUUUUGCACGAGGAUUUAAUAAAGGAGUUCAUAAAAUUGACGUCAAGCAAAAAUGGAACUCACUCGCAUUGACCUUGAACAGUAUUGGACCACCAACACGAGACGGCGCAGGCUGGCAAAAGGUUUGGAUCGACUUAAAGGGAAAAGUUAAGAAAAAAAUUGUCCACAAUAAACGCGAAGUAAAUGCUACAGGAGGAGGCGUUUUUAAUCAACAGUCGCUUUCCCCAUUGGAAACCCGUGUCGCCAAUGUAAUGUGCUUUAAUGAGAUGCUAAAUCCAAUUGGCAAAGCCUUAGGCACCAGCAAUAUCGUACCAACAAAUGCAUCCACAUCUUCAGGAACAAAGCCAUCUGCGCCACCAAAUCCCAUUUCAACUCCAUCACCGGAAGAGAUGAUGUUAAUGGAUUUGUUGUCCGACGAAGAAAUAGCAGAGAAUGUUGCUGGUUCCAAUUCUUUACUUGAAAGCGCUAAAAAAACCCAAGUAAAGAGUCAAAAGGAACUUCUCGUGGAUCAAAUCGAUAUUCAGAGGAGUUUUUACAACGAAGUUCGACUGAGUUUUAAAAAUAUUGAGGAACACAUGAAAGAUUCAAAAGAGUUUCAACAUAAAUUGCUACACCUGGAGGAGGAAAAGUUAAAACUAGCUAAGGAUAAGUUUGAGUGGAAGAAAAAUAAAGCUGAAAGAAAGGCAAAAAAAAGUCUGAAGAGAUUGUAAUUUCUUUU